AUGCGGACAUUGCUCAUCUCGUUCCUUCUUUUCUUGGCCUGUUCAGCUUUGAAAAAGAAAUCUCCAAUCAAAAUGUCAAGGCAAACAAAAUUGCCGCCAGCAGUGAUCGUGGUUGAAAAGCCGAUAUCGCGGACACCCACUGAUUGUGAUGCAAAGUGUCCAGGUGGACGAAUGACAUUAGCGUGUUGUGAAUGCAUUGGAUGUCAUCAAGGUAUGCGAUUCGGGAAACGCUCGGCCCCUCUAUCUCUCUACGAUGUCGCCUUCGAGGAGCCGAUGCAGCCCAUGUUUCGAAAAUUUGGAGCAAAUGGAAAUCACUCCCUAUCUUUAAAUCGAGCGAAUCAACUCUAUGAAGAAAUCUUCACUAGUAGAAAAUAUCACAAAGAUUUGGCUCCCUUGAAUGGCUUCCAACAAACGAAUGCAUCAAAAGAAGAUCGCUUUCAAACUGUCAUCAAAAUGCAAAUGUUGUACCUGGUGGAUUUGGAUGUGGCUCAUCAAAUCUUGGACACCUAUGUAGAAUUGGAGAUAUCUUGGACCGAUUGGAGAUUAGCUUGGAAUUCCUCUGAAUACGAUGGACUCGAAAAGAUUUAUUUGAAUAUCGACCAGUUAUGGGCACCGGAUACUUUUGCCACAAACAGUCUCACUGCCGAACAAGUCUACCCAGACCAAUUCCGACAAUGCCGACUAUAUUCAAAUGGAUCGGUUUACUAUGAGAUGUUCGUUCGAUUUCAAUCGUCCUGUCCAACAAAUGUUCAAAAGUUCCCCUUCGACACGCAGAACUGUUUUCUGUACUUCAUGACGACUGCCUAUGCUCCCUAUGAAGUUUAUCCCCGAGGAGAACUCUUUUCAAAAUAUCUCGACGUUGGACCAGCGGGCAAUGGUGAAUGGAGUAUCGUGGAUCUGAUAGUCGAAAUGACUGAGCAUCAACUAUAUGAGGGAGCUUGUAAUUACUUGAGCAUUGCUUUGACGAGUAUGAUGUCGAUGACCACAUUCAUUCAAAUGGUCUCCGAGCAAAUGCCGAAAACGCAGCGAUUUCCACUAUUGGGCAUCUUUGUGUUGAUUUGCGUCUUUCUGAUAUCAGUCUCCUGUGUGAUCCUGGUCGCUUUCCCCGACAAACGCACGAAAAGUGUCGAAAAGGACUCAUCGGACUCAUCGGAUAGGAGAACUAUUCAACAGUCUAUUCGCGAUUUUGUUCUCUCUCGACAUUUCGGUCUUUUCACUUUCUUCCAAAUCAUCAACGUGACCAAUUUCAUUGUUUUCCUAUCAUUUUGGGAC